AUGCCUGGCCAGUUUAUUCUUUGCUCUGAAAUCCAUCCUCAGCAGACUUCUAAGGCAAUGCGUUUGCGUCUGGUGCAUACCUAUUUGGUAUUUGAAGGAACAGAUGAGAAAGUCAUUAGAAGUCGUGAAUGUGUGUUUCAUGAUUCGGCAGGGAGUUUCAUACAUGUUCAAAUACCUAAGGAUCAAGUUCAAAAGUACAGCUCUUACUUUCAAGAGGGCAAUGUCUAUGGGAUUAGGAACUUCUUAUGCAUCACCAACUACUUCAAAUAUAAAACAAGUGAUCACAAGUAUAUGACCAAGUUUAAGUUUGAUACUGCUGUUAAGCAGUAUAGGCGUAUUGAUUUCCCAGAUUGUAUGUUUCGUAUUAAAAGUUUCAGGGCUGUUUUGGAGAAGGAUGGUGUGAAUGAGAAUGAACUGUUUGAUGUAAUUGGAAGGGUUGUGGAGAUAUAUUCUCCGGUAGAUAAGGUUAUUGGUGGGAAAGCUACAAGAAAAAAACAAUUGCAGUGCACAAUGUGGGGUGGACAUGUGGAGCUUCUUAUGCCUUACUUUAAUCUGGAGUUCAGUGAUCCUGUUGUUGUUUUGGUGCAACUAUGUCGUGCUAGGUUCCUUCAAAAUGGAGAGGUUAGGAUAUCUAGCUCUUUUGAUGCAACGCAGUUGAUUUUUGACCAUUCAUCAAAAGUGUUUGCUGAUUUCAGAAAGAGUGUUGGCAGUGACUACACACCCCUUAGGUGUAAACAAUCUGAUUCUAGGUUUGGCCUUAGGUUGAAUGUGCCUAUGGUUGAUAGUGAUACUGUGGUUACUUCUAUUGCUGAAUUAUACCAGAAUCAACAGUUGGGUCAAUUCUGGGUUGCUGGGAAGGUCCUAGGUAUUGAGAACUACUUGGACUGGUUCUACUUUUCUUGCAAGAAUAAUUCUUGCAAUAAAAAGGUUAUCAAGUUGGAAAAUGGUUUAAUGCAUUGUCCGAAAUGUCUAAGGUCUUGGGGUGAGGGUAUUAUGAGAUAUAGGGUGGUCUUGCGUGUUGCUGACCAGAGUGGGGAUGCUCCUAUGCUCGUGUGGGAUCGAGAGUGUUCCCGAUUGAUUGGCAUGUCAGCUGUGGAGUUGAGGUCUAUGUACUCACAAAUGGUUGAUUUUGUUCCAGUUGAGCUUCAACAACUUGCUGGAAUGGUUUUGUUGUUUCGAGUUACUGUUUCUAAGGACCAGCUCCAGAGUUUGCAAUCACCAUUCCAUGUACUUAGUGUUUCUAUUGAUAAUGAAGUGGUUUCCCAGCACAGCUCAAGUGUGGUGGUUGACAGUCCAUUGACACAGGUUCCUCAGGGUUUAGGUCCUCAGGUGGAUGAAGGUGAUGGUUCUGAGGACUUUUGGGUAUUGAAUGAUGAGGACUGUGAUGGACUGGAUGGUAUUGACAAUGAAGUAGUGAAUGCAUCUGAUUCACUCCCUCUCAAGAGAAGCCUUCUGGAGGAAUUUGAAGACCAAGGAGUUUCUAAGAAGUCUAAGGCAGUCACUAUUAAGCAGGAGAAGUGA